GCCGCUCGCGUCACUGCCCGCCGCCGAGUCCCAGGGCUGCUUCAGGCUCCUCAGAGCCCGCGGCCUCGAUGUCCUUCUCGCGGUGUGCCCUGCUGUGGGCUCGGCUCCCGGCGGGGCGCCAGGCAGGCCACCGCGCGGCCGUCUUCUCUGCCCUUCGCGCCCACUGCGGGCCCCUGCCCGGGGCUCUGGGGCGCGUUCCUGCCCUUGCCGCCUCCUCUGCCUCGGGUGGCUCCAAAACCCCGAACACAUCUUUGUUCGUGCCGCUGACUGUGAAGCCUCAGGGCCCCAGCGCCGAUGGCGACGUCGGCGCCGAGCUCACGCGGCCUCUGGACAAGAAUGAAGUAAAGAAGAUUUUAGAUAAGUUUUAUAAGAGGAAAGAAAUUCAGAAACUGGGUGCUGAUUAUGGACUUGAUGCUCGUCUCUUCCACCAAGCUUUCAUAAGCUUUAGAAAUUAUAUUAUGCAAUCUCAUUCCUUGGAUGUGGACAUUCACAUUGUUUUGAAUGACAUUUGCUUCAGUGCAGCUCAUGUGGAUGAUUUAUUUCCAUUUUUCUUGAGACAUGCCAAACAAAUAUUUCCCAUGUUGGAAUGUAAGGAUGAUCUACGUAAAAUCAGUGACUUAAGAUUACCACCAAACUGGUACCCAGAAGCCAGAACCAUACAGCGAAAGAUAAUAUUUCAUUCGGGUCCCACAAACAGCGGAAAAACUUACCAUGCAAUCCAGAAAUACUUGUCAGCAAAAUCUGGAGUAUAUUGUGGCCCUUUGAAAUUAUUGGCACAUGAGAUCUUCGAAAAGAGUAAUGCUGCUGGUGUGCCAUGUGACUUGGUGACAGGUGAAGAGCGUGUGACAGUUGAGACAGAUGGGAAACAGGCUGCCCACGUUUCUUGUACUGUUGAAAUGUGCAGUGUAAUGACACCUUAUGAAGUGGCCAUAAUUGAUGAAAUUCAGAUGAUUCGAGAUCCAGCCAGAGGAUGGGCCUGGACCAGAGCACUUCUAGGACUAUGUGCUGAAGAAAUCCAUUUAUGUGGAGAAUCUGCUGCUAUCGAUCUGGUCACUGAGCUUAUGUACACAACUGGGGAGGAAGUGGAGGUUCGAAACUAUAAGAGGCUUACCCCCAUUUCUGUGCUGGAUCAUGCACUGGAAUCUUUAGAUAACCUUCGGCCUGGGGACUGUGUUGUUUGUUUUAGCAAGAAUGAUAUUUAUUCUGUGAGUCGACAGAUUGAAAUUCGGGGCUUGGAAUCGGCUGUUAUAUAUGGCAGUCUUCCACCUGGGACCAAACUUGCUCAAGCAAAAAAGUUUAAUGAUCCCAAUGAUCCAUGCAAAAUCCUGGUUGCUACAGAUGCAAUUGGCAUGGGACUUAAUUUGAGCAUAAGGAGAAUCAUUUUUUACUCCCUUUUAAAGCCCAGUAUCAAUGAGAAGGGAGAGAAAGAAAUAGAACCAAUCACCACCUCUCAAGCCUUGCAGAUUGCAGGCAGAGCGGGUAGAUUCAGCUCACAGUACAAAGAAGGAGAGGUUACAACGAUGCAUCGGGAAGACCUUGGUUUAUUAAAGGAGAUUUUGAGUAAGCCGGUGGAUCCCAUAAGGGCAGCAGGUCUUCAUCCCACUGCUGAACAGAUUGAAAUGUUUGCGUACCACCUCCCUGAUACAACACUUUCUAAUCUCAUCGAUAUUUUUGUGGACUUCUCACAAGUUGAUGGGCAGUAUUUUGUCUGCAAUAUGGAUGAUUUUAAGUUUUCUGCAGAGUUGAUCCAGCACAUCCCAUUAAGUCUCCGAGUGAGAUAUGUGUUCUGCACUGCCCCUAUCAGCAAGAAGCAACCCUUUGUGUGCUCCUCACUGUUACAGUUUGCCAGGCAGUAUAGCAGGAAUGAGCCUCUAACUUUUGCAUGGUUACGCCGAUACAUCAAAUGGCCUCUACAUCCACCUAAGAAUAUUAAAGACCUUAUGGAUCUUGAGGCUGUCCAUGAUGUCUUGGAUCUUUACCUGUGGCUAAGCUACCGAUUCAUGGAUAUGUUUCCAGAUGCCAGCCUUAUUCGAGACCUACAGAAAGAACUGGAUGGCAUUAUCCAAGAUGGUGUUCACAACAUCACCAAACUGAUCAAAAUUUCCGAGACACAUAAGCUGUUGAAUUUGGAGAGCUCAUUAACAGGGAGCCAGUCACGUUUGUCAGGAACCUUAAAGAGCCAAGCCAGAAGGGUGCGUGGCACCAAAACUACAGGGAGUAAAGCUGCUGAGCUGCCCGGCGCCAGCACUGGGGAGAUUUCCCUCGCUUCCAGAUUGGUGCAGCAAGGACUCCUCACUCCAGACAUGUUGAAGCAGCUAGAAAAAGAGUGGUUGACGCAACAGACUGAACACCACAGAGAGAGAACGGAGUCUGGGACUUACUCAAAAGGGACAAGAAGAAAGAAGAAGGAACACAAUUCUGAUUAGGUUUUUUUUUUUUUUUUUUUUUUAUUUUGCAAAUAAAAAUCUAUU